AUGGGAAAAUCCGCUCAUUCCUCCAAUAAACAAGGCAUCAAAUUGUUAUUCAAAGCUGUUUCGGAUAACAACAAAGAAGAAGUUUUGAAGAUAAUUGACGGCAUCCAGGAUUUAGAUGCAACCAAUGAAGAUGAUAAGACUUGUCUUGAAAUUGCAACAAGCAAUAACUACUUUGAGGUUGCUGAAAUACUCCUUAAUCAUGGAGCAGAUAUUAAUGCAAUCGGAUCAUACGGAAUUACAUCACUUCACAUUGCAGCAUUUCAUAACAAUGUUAAAGCAGCAGAGUUUUUAUUAUCUCAUGGGGCAAAUAUUAUUGCCAAAGGAUCUCAUGGUGAAACACCUUUGCAUAGUGCUGGUAUGAAAAAUUGUCAAGAUGUUGCAGAGUAUUUAGUUUCAAAAGUUCCAACAAUCGACAUAACAGAUAACAAUGGGGCUACACCAUUCAUGGUUGCGGUUCAAUGCGGUAGUGAAGAUGUUGCCAAAAUUUUAAUUUCGCACGGAGCUAAUGUCAAUGCUCAAUAUGAGGACGACGAAACAAUACUUCAUUUUUGUGCCCAGAAAAACAAUCUCGAAAUGAUUAAAUUCCUCAUGAAUCAUAACAUCAAUUUAAACAUUCAAAAUAAUGAAGGUCAAACUGCUCUUUUGAAAGCAAUUUUCUAUAACCAACCUGAUACAUGCAUUUAUCUUAUCGAGAAUGGAGCAGACGUUAACAUUCAAGACAAGAAAGGAAAAUCUGCCAUUCAUGAUGCCGCCAAAUACAAGAGAUUAAAUUAUUUACUAGAACCACUUUUACAGGCAAAUGCUAAUCUCAAUUUGGAAACAAACAAUAGAAAAACACCUCUCCAUUAUGCGGCCGCAGGAGGAAAUGUGGAGGCCGCAGAAUUCCUCUUGUCUCAUGGUGCCAAUAUUGAUGCAACAAACGAAUCUGGAAAGACUCCACUCUUAGUUGCAUUAAUUCACGGAAAAACAAAAAUUGCCGACUUUCUAAUUCAGAAAGGUGCAAAUGUAUCAAUUGCCGAUGAUUACUCCACAUUGCACUUGGCUUCAAUAAUUAAUGAUUUGGAUUUAGUCAAAUCUCUUGUUUCUCAUGGCGCCUCAAUCAAUUGGAAGAACGAAAAUGGUAAUGAACCACCAUUAUUGGCUCUUAUUUUAGGACAUGAUGACCUUGUUUCAUAUUAUAAAUCACUUGGAUAUCAAAUUCCAUCGGACUUUGAUGAGAAUGAACCAAAAGUUAUCCAAGCUGUAAAAUACAACGAAUUCAAUGCUUUAAUUCAUUUAAUUAAAAAUGGAGCUGAUAUUGAUGAGCAAUCUCCAACAACAGGAAUGACUGCCCUCCAUUAUGCAGCUAAAUUAGAUCGAAAGGAAAUGAUUAUGGUAUUUUUCAAUACUAAUGCAAAUCCAUUAAUCAAGGACAAUAAUGGAAAUAUUCCUCUUGAUAUUGCCCAACAAAUUGAAGAUCCUACAAUUUUCAAGGCACUUAAUAUAUAUUGUAUUCAAUAUGCAAUGUCAGAAGGUGUAGAUUUUUAA